GUGGAAUUAUCAAACAGAGUUGGUUGGUUGGUUGGUUGAGUAAAAAAUGGAAGGUUAUUCAAGAAAAUGGGUUAUGCAAAGAGGAGAAGAAAUAAACCAUGGAAAUUCUGAGGAAAAAAAGCUUGAGUUAAGGCUUGGUCCUCCAAACGGAGAUUGGUCAUCUAGUGAAAAGGAUGAAACAUUUUUCCCUUUUAGUUACAUCUCAAAAGAUAACCAUGCCCAAAAAUUUUCAUCAUUUCUUCAGCUUCAAUCAACGGCACAGAAGCAAAGCCAGAUGGUACAGGAAUCAUCUCAGACAAUUUGCACCAAAACAGCAGAUUUGCAGAGCACAGAGAAGAAAAAAGCAUUUUCACAGACAGCUACUGCGCAUAACAGCGCUCAGAAAAGGACUGCACCAGCACCAGUUGUAGGUUGGCCUCCAGUUCGUUCAUUUAGGAAGAAUCUUGCAAGUAGCAGCUCUGUGAAAUCUGCCACUGAGACACAAAAUGUGGUCCCAAAUAAGAGUGCAAACAAAAAACCAAUGGAAAUUUGUCAGAAAGGAUUAUUUGUUAAGAUCAACAUGGAUGGUAUUCCUAUUGGAAGGAAAGUAGAUCUCAAAGCUUAUGACAGCUAUGACAAACUCUCUUCUGCUGUUGAUCAACUUUUUAGAGGCCUUCUUGCUGCUCAAAAUAAUCCAUCUACUGGUGGGAAUGAGAAGAAGGAAGACGGGGAGACAGCGAUAAGUGGUUUAUUGGACGGAAGUGGGGAAUAUACUCUUGUAUAUGAGGAUAAUGAAGGUGACAGGAUGCUUGUUGGGGAUGUCCCUUGGCACAUGUUUGUGUCUACUGUGAAAAGGCUGCGUGUGUUGAAAAGCUCCGACCUCUCUACACUUACUCGUGCAACUAAGCAGCUGACCUAAUGAUAUCAAUGAGCUAACGAGAUGUAGAGUCAACAUAUAUCUAAGAGAAGAGAGUGACUUGUUUUGUAUGGAAUUUGAUGUUUUUUAAUUGUUCAACUGUAGUUGCAGAAGCAAAAAAUAUAUCAUGUAAAUUAUGAAUAUUGCUGCUAAUAUUUGUGUUUUUGGCAAGGCAAAAUAAUCAUUGCUUUCUU